GGAAGAUGUAUUCACACACGAACGAACACGAGAAAAGCUAAUUUAAGUACCCCAUUUAACCAACUUACAUAAGCUAACUAGAUACACGAAAUUGGAAGAUCCGAGCAGAGGUAGUUGAGAAUAUUGGGAAUGGGUAGAUUAUCAUUGUUAUGGGCGUCCACUGAAUCCGCGGCAAUGGCAGUGGGAGUGAGUUACUGCUUGCUGCUGGCGAUGAGUGGGGCUGCUGCUGCCGCCGCCAUACCAAAAUGCAUCGAUGGGGAGAGAGAAGUGCUCCUCAAGUUCAAGCACAGCGUUCUUGACUGGAAUGGCGAGCUAGGCUCUUGGGGCUACCGCAGUGAAGAUUGCUGCCGUGACUGGGUGGGGGUUAGGUGUGAUGACGCUACUGGCCAUGUCACCCACAUCGAUCUUUUUGAUAAGAACCUGUCCGCGAAAGAUGGUGGGAAGUAUACCACCAGCCUUCCAUUCUUUGAGCUCCGCUAUUUGAACUAUUUGGAUCUUGGCUUUAAGCAAGACUUGCUGGCAAACCAGAGCAUCUCAUUAUUGAUUGGGGACAACACUAUGGUUUACCUUCAAUAUCUAAAUCUCAAUCAAACCGGAUAUGUUGGCACCAUUCCUGAAAAUCUUGGAAACACCAUGCCUUCCCUCACAUACCUCGAUCUCUCCCUUAAUAGCUUAACAGGUUCCAUUCCUGAAACUUUUGGAGAUAGCAUGGCUGCCCUUAAAUACCUUGAUCUCAGUGCAAAUAGCUUAGAAGGCUACAUUCCUGACACACUCGGGAAUAUGGUUAAGUUGACUCACCUUGACCUGGGAUCGAAUCUGUUGAAAGGUUGCAUUCCUAAAGCUCUAGGGAGUAUGCCUGUCCUUGAAAAGCUCGAUCUUGGUUGGAAUAGACUUGAAGGAGAAAUCCCCAAAUCCAUUUGGAACAUAUGCACUCUGCAACUCCUGAACAUGGCAUCCAACCGUCUUAAUGGAAGCCUAACCACAUCGACAUUAUGCCCAAAUCACCCUCUCAGUAGACUACGCUUAUCCAGCAACCAAUUCACGGGGUUAUUUCCCAAUCUUACAGUUUUCCCCUCUUUGGCCAAUUUAGAUUUAUCAGAUAACCUCCUAGAUGGGGUCAUUUCUGAACAUCACUUUCUUAACCUCUCCAAACUAACCUACCUGGACUUAUCUUCAAACAAUUUUACUUUCAAUGUCUCCUCUGCUUGGCUCCCCCCUUUCCAACUGCAAUCCAUAUACCUUAGCUCUUGCAAGUUGGGUCCUGAGUUUCCGAAUUGGCUUAGAACUCAAGUCCAUUUUACGGAUCUUGACAUUUCCAAUAACGUCAUCUCGGAUUCAAUCCCCUCCUGGUUUUGGAAUACACCUAUUAAUGGCUUUAUGAAAAUUAAUAUUUCUAAUAACAGAAUCAAGGGAAUACUUGCAAUUGGUGCUCAAGCAUCAAUCCGCGGUGGUGUACUAGAUAUGAGUUCCAAUCAAUUAGAAGGCGUCAUUCCACCCUCUUUCUUCAAUGUGGCUGUACUGCACCUUUCUCAGAAUAAGUUCACCAACCUCAACUCCUUAUGUGACAUUGAGGCACAUGCAUGUGUGGAGCUUUUGGAUAUCUCAUUCAAUCAACUCUCAGGAACUCUUCCGAAUUGCUGGUCAAGUCUUUCUAGUCUGAAAGUUCUCAACUUGGGAUACAAUCACAAUCUAUCAGGAACUCUUCCCACGUCCUUCGGAUCAUUGGCUUCCUUGAAGGCAUUACAUCUUGAUAAUAACAAAUUUACAGGCCCUCUACCUUUAUCAAUGAAAAACUGCUCCAGCUUGGUAUCUUUAGAUCUGGGACACAACGACUUGUUUGGACCAAUACCAGAUUGGGUGGGUGAAAAUCUAACCCAACUUGUGAUACUUGUGCUGACAUCGAACAACUUCAAUGCAAGUGUGCCCGCAAGUAUGUGUCAUCUCCAGUCUCUUCAGCUGCUAGACCUGUCCAUGAACCACAUCUCAGGGACUCUUCCCAAUUGCCUUUCUAAUCUCACUAAAAUGAUGACGGUAAAAAAAGGCCAUGGCAUUGCCCCCAUUUAUCAUGAGUUACAAUUCAAUUCGGUUUCAGAAAAUAAUAGUGUUUACGUUGUGUACGAAGUUGAGAAAAUAAGUUUUAUAUGGAAAGGUAUGAUUUUUGAAUUUGGAAGUAUAUUAGGAUAUGUACAGGGCAUUGAUCUAUCAUCCAACAUGUUGAGUGGUGAAAUUCCAACUGAAAUCACAUUGCUCGUUGGGUUGGCCUCGUUAAACUUAUCAAGAAACAAUCUAAAGGGACAGAUUCCUUCGAGGAUUGGUAACUUGGCACAAUUAAAUACUCUUGAUUUGUCUAGUAACCAUUUGUCUGGUAGCAUUCCUCAAAGCCUUGCCCUGAUUUACGGCAUAGGGAUUCUCAAUGUGUCCAACAAUAACUUAUCUGGAAGAAUUCCCAAAGGCACACAACUUCAGAGCUUCAAUGCAAGUGUAUACAUGGGGAAUCCCGCCCUAUGUGGAGAUCCACUCCCCAAUAGCUGUGCAGGAGAAGAGUCAACAUAUCCUUCCCCUCCCGGAUCCAGUGAAGAAGAAGAAGAUAGGCUUUUUGGGAGUGAGUUUUACGCAAGCCUAGGGGUCGGAUAUGUUGUUGGGUUUUGGGUAGUUCUUGGGACAAUGCUAUUUAAUAGGUCCUGCAGGUUUGCAUUUUUCAAUAUCCUCGGCGAUAUUGCUAAUUGGACUUAUGUCGUGGCUGCAACGCACAAGGCAAAGUUCCUUAGAUCACUUGGUUUAGGGCUUUAAAUAUUUGCAGGGUGAUGAGAAAGAGUUUGGAAUUUCAGGGGAAAAAUAAAUCACUCAGAGGAUGAGAGGAGUAUUAAGAUGCAGCACAUUUGAUUGAUGAGGAGGAUCUCGUUUAUAGAGGCAAUAAAGUUUUGUUUUUUGCUUCCAUUUUCUUAAAGUCAUCAUCUCCAUGACACGUUUUUCUGUUUAGUAUAUUUGUGAUCUGUUAGACUAAAAGUAUUAGAAUUAAUAUACUCCUUGAAUACUCAAAGUACUUUGUACUAAUUUGUAAAGCUUUUAAGCUUAGAUAGAAGAAUAAUCAUUUUAAUGAUUCUGCAAUCAUUAAAAUGAUUGCAAUCUUCAUCCAUUUGACAAAAUCACUUACAGUAAAAGCUUUCUUCCUAACAUCAAUAAGCUUCCCAUUAUCAUUUAUCAAUACUCAGCAGAAGACAGGUAGCUCUUGCAUUGUAAACAAGAAAAAAUUAUGCCUAUGGUUUGUGAGGUUACGUUGUACUCAUUGUAAAGGAAAACCCGUCACCAAUGUUUUUGUUGACCAGUUGAUCUUGCAUUUAAUGAACUAC